UGUUGUUAAACAGUUUCUUACCGUAAGAGGGAGUUCAGACCUAGAUCUUUCCAGUUAAUCACACAACAAACUUAGCUCAUCGUAAUAAAAAGCAGCUCGGUGCAGGCUGGCUCCUUUAGUAACUGCCUCUACACAGGAUCCUUUCAAGCAGGCAUCUCCUUCUGUGUGAUCUGCCAGCAAGACCAGCACCAUGUGGGUGACCCAACUUCUGCCAAUAUUGGUGUUGCAUCAGGUUCUUCAACAUCUCCUUCUUCUUCCCAUCACCAUUUCCUUUGCAGAGGGCCAGAGGAAAAGAAACACCCUACAUGAAUUCAAAAAGUCAGCAAAGACUACUCUUAUCAGAAUAGACUCAUCACUGAAUAUUAAAACCAAAAAGCUGAACACGACGGACAAAUGUGCCAAGAGAUGUAUUAGGAAUAAAGGUCUUCCAUUCACUUGCAAGGCUUUUGCUUUUGACAAAGCAAAAAAACGAUGUCAUUGGUUCCCUUUCAAUAGCAUGUCAAAUGGAGUGAGAAAGAAGCAUGACCAUGAAUUUGAUCUGUAUGAAAACAAAGACUACAUUAGAAACUGUAUCAUUGGUAAAGGGGGAAGCUACAAGGGAACUGUAUCUAUAACUAAGAGUGGUAUCAAAUGUCAGCCAUGGAAUUCGAUGAUACCACAUGAACACGGCUUUUUGCCUUCGAGCUAUCGGGGGAAAGACCUACAGGAAAAUUACUGUCGAAACCCUCGAGGGGAAGAAGGAGGACCAUGGUGUUUCACAAGCAAUCCAGAGGUACGCCAUGAAGUCUGUGACAUUCCUCAGUGUUCAGAAGGUGGCAAUAGGAGCUGGAUGAGUUAAACCCCACAGAGAGAGCCUUGAGGUAGCUUCAGGAAUCCCUUCAGGGGGAGUGCAGGAGAGGGAGAAACUCUCUCAUUCAGGGGUAUGCACAUGUGCACACACACAUUGCUCCUCCUUGCUUCGGCCCCUUCCUUACAAUUCCCAAAGGGGCAGGUUAGGGAGUAGACCUGUUAGUCGUGUAUCAAUUCCACUCACCAGACAGCUGCUUCUGUGGAAGCUUUGUCCUAGAAGACACCGGAGAAGAAUAUAGAAUUGGGACAAUGCAAGCCUUUUUACUCUGUGCUUUGGAGGACUUGGUACUUGUGCUUUACUGGACAUAUGGGAAGCAUUGAGCACAACGCAGAAUAUUAUCUGAGAGGUUACAGUAGUGGUUCCCAAGCUUUCUUGACUGAAGGCACCUCAAAUCCAUUUUUUUACCUCCUCCCGCAGCAUAAAUGGGCAUUGUCCAUACUAUUGCAGUGGAAAACUGAAUGGCUCACAAGAUGGAAGAAUAAGCAUUUCAGUAUUGUCUGUGGUUUUAUUUACUUAGGUAAAUCUGGCUGCUAAAUAGCUGGAACCAUGACUUUUGUCAGAAAUUCGACUUUUUAAAACACAUUCAAAACAUGAAUUCUGUUGUAUUAGGAAUUCAAUGUUUCAUUGUUGUUGUUUUUUAAAGUACUCAGGGGUUUACUGGAAUAGUGCCCAUGUUUUCAAGCAAGAUGUUUCAUUAGUUUGCUAUGGACCAAAGGCCUUAUUUGACAAUUUUCCUCCACAUGCAUUCAUUUGAUAUUAGGAUGAUUUUCAUUACUAUCAUUGUUGGUUAAUUGUUAUAGAGUAAUUUUUUAAAUUGUUCAUUGAUUUAAAGCUAAUUUAACUUUGUGCUAGAGCCAGUUCCAUUUUUGCUUUGUAAACUAUCACUUUCCAUUCCAUAUCACAUUUUGUUCAUUAUAACUUUCUCCAUGUUUUCUUCAAAAAAAAAAAUAAACUUGUCUGUGGUAACUAUGAACAAGUCUGUUUUGUAUGAACAAGGGUAUAACAAAGCAUUUGAAGUAAAUUUACACAUGGGAGAGAAGUUCCUAUUUUUAGAGGGUCUCCAUUGCUACAGUUUAUGUGGAAAAGUUCUGAGCUGUCCCCCAAAUCUACUGACUUCAGUCAGAUGACUGACUGGCUGGCUGCUUGACUGAAUGACUAUCAUAGACUGUGAGAAGGGAAGUGAAAGCAAAGAACACUUUUCCAGCUUCCCUUAUCUUAUUAGUCUGUGCACUUUUGGUCUCUGAAUUGUCUGCAUUCGUUCCUACUCAGAAAAGAAGGCUUAAAAUUAGGAAUCAGAGUAAAAGCAAAGGCUAAGAGAGGACCCUACUUCCCUUUCCAUCCCACCCCCAUAUCACUGCAGUGUAUAAUCACAUUACUUGGAAAUUAUUUUAAAUAUGAAAUGGAAACCUAAUAGUAUAAUAUUUGGGACUUGGACUAUCUUUAUAGUCUAAUUUGAUAGCUUGAGCACUAUUUAGUGAUUAUUUGAAUUAAUGUUAUAAUAAGCCAUGUUUUAAGAGGAUUAUAAUAUAGUUCCAAUUACAAAAGUAUAUUUUGAUUUUUUUCUAUGAAAAAAAUAAAACAAAAACACAAAGAUAGAUAUUAUCUAAAAUUUAUUUGGCAGUAGGAAAGAAAACCUACAAAUCAAAAACUCUUAAAUAGAACAUGUAUUGGUUCUUCUACCCACAUGUUCACAUCAUUAUUAUUAAUAAAAUGGGACCAGUACAAAGAUAUCUGUUGCUCAUGUUGCAAUUUGCAGGAUAGUUAGCUCAUCAUUUAAAAUACAAAGUUUAUAUUUGUUUUUAUGUUGCAUGGAUUAGCCGCCAUCAUGAAAAUACUUGUGAUCUAGUAGCUAUUUCUAGUGAGGAGCCUCUUGGAAUUUAGCAAGAUUGGUCCCCACAGCAUAUAUAAUCUAUUGUUGGGACCAUAUUUGAAGCCUUUCAACUUAUUAAGACCUACCAAAGCCUAUUAAUAGAUGAAGUGAUUUUCAUGUCAUGGUGAAGCAUCACUUUCCAUUAAUGUCUGGGACAAAUGAUUUGACAUAGCAUUUACAAUUUUUUAACUUCUAUGAAGAUAGCGACAUCCACAAUAGCUAGCUAAAAGUUGUUAGAAAUUAAGUGAAAUUUGUUAUAAAUUAGGUAUUUAAACUAGAUGUCAAUUAUGCUUUUCUUUGAAAAGUGGAUCUUUCACCUAUAAGUUCUAUUAAUUGGAAUUAAUAGAAACAUUUGUUUUCUCAGAGCAUUAUGAACUAAGUUAGACAUGAUGUAAUGAAAACAUCUUAAUACACAAAUUUAAUUCGAUCUAGAAAAUAACAAAAUAUUAAAAAGUUAAACCACAAGCCUAUUACAAUAUUUAAGAAAAAAUUUUCAAAUGAAAAGUGCUGUCAUCUGUUGUUCUCUACAAUAUUACAGAAAUUUCCCCAUCAAUGAACUGAUUCUAUUAUAUAUAUUCUUCAUUCAAUUAAGUCAUUCAUUUACAAAAAGAAUAAUUAACUAUGUUUAUGUGUGAUGUUUGUGAAGUAAUAAUAAUUCAGAAGAGAGAAAUUGACUUUAUAUAAAUAAAUGUCAGAAUGACUUCUAUUUAUCUGAAGAUGUUCUUUCCUAGCACAUUAUUAUAAACUUUAGUAAAAGGAUUCAAAAUAGCAUAGGCAUAGUUACAGAAUAUUUACAAAUCAUUCUUUUAAUGUAUAAAUGAAUAUCAUAUAUACUUUUACAUUGAACAACUUAUGGAACAAAACAAAUCUGUUCAUUUUUCAUUUCUUGCUGCCAUCAGAAAGAUGUUAAAGCUGCAUCAGAUUAAUGGACUUUUUUUUAUACUUUAUGUUCAUUAUUUAGGUUAUGUAUUUUCUUAUGUGGCUGAAUACAAUAUUUUAUUUUGAUCUUUAAAUGUGAAGGAUUCAUUGUAGCUGGUAUAGAAAAUAAUAAAGAUUUUAUUGAAGUCUUUAAAUAGGAUGCUAAAAUAAGUGGAGGAGGACCAGUAGCAAAGCGAAAGAGCCAUAUUUAUCCUUUUCAGUGUGAUUGAACUAUUGUCAGCUGUUGGAGUCCGUCAGCUGUUGGAGUCCUUCAGUGGGAAGUCCUUUCAGAAAAGUAUUUUUUUGCUGCUGGUACUACACCAUUCCUGCCAAAUUUGAUUGAGAUCUUGGAAUUCUGAAAUGUGUGUAUGGACAUGGGAUGGGGAAGAAAAGAUACUCCUUGGUUUAUCCUUCUCUCAUUUUCUUGCCAUGCAUUGAAUUACUGAAGGUGGUCCUCCUGUACUAGACUAGAAACAUGAGUUAGGGAAAAAGAUUCCUGAAAAAAUUCAAUUUACUCAUCUUGGGUAAGAUGCUCAAGCCAUUUUCCCUUUUUCCUCUUAUUUUUCCCCUCUUUGACUCAGCCAGGUAAGUAUCUAACAUAGAGCUCCUUUCACUAUUUAUAAAGGGAAGAGGGGAAUAAAAUGCUGAAGGAUUUCAUUGACUACAUGUAAAACUGAGUUUUCUGAUCAUGUGUAUGUAUGUUUAUAUGCAAUAUCUAUAUAAUAUAAAUCUAUAUCUUUGUAUGCCAUUACAUCUUAGAUCUGAGGUAUAUUGUUCAAAUUCCUUAGUGUGACUUUAAAGCCUUUUUACUUUUUGAAUCUGAUGUCACCUUACCCAACCAAUUGCUCUAUUACUAUUCCCCCUUCCAGUACCCCUGCAAGAUCAGUUAAUUAAUUAAUGAUUAAUUUGAUUAAUACUGUCUUUUCAUUCAGUAAGCUCAUUCCUUUUAGUUAGAGGGUUCCACCCCUGAUCACCUUUGAUUAUAUUAUACCUUCAGCUGUAUAUUAGUUUCCUAAUAUUUUCCUAAUUUCCAAAUAAUUUGCUAAUGACUUUCCCUCUUCCCUGUUUUUUCUGACUCUUCAUUUGCUGUCCAUAUGCUAAGGUGCAUCUUUAGUCAUACUUCCACUGUUAUGCCUUCCCUGAUCUCAGUUGCCCAUUUUAUCUUGCAAAAUCUACCUUUCCAACACAUUCCAACAUAUAAUCAUAAAUUACUAUAAUAAACAAUCAUAUAGCUUCCAUUAUGUUUGUAUAUCUUGCUUCUCCAACUAGAUUAUGGAUUCCAUAAACACAAGUCUUAGAUUUACAUUUAUUCUUGUAUCCAUUCUACAUACCUCUUCUCCAUCUUCCAUUGUACUAACUAUAAUGUGGAAUAUAAAGCAUAUGUUCAAUAAAUGAUAAUGAGAUUGAUAGUGAUAAGCAGCAUCCAUAUAGUACUUUAGAGUUUACAAAAUACAUUAUUUUUAUUAUCUCACUUAAUCCUAAUAAUGAAAAUGGAUCAAUUCUUGUAACUAUGUUUAAAAUAUAUUAUUAAGGAAAAGUUACACCUGCAGGAGGAAGACAUAGGAGACAUUUAUAUUUGACUAUUUACAUAUUGCUUACAUGCAAUAACGAAACUUUCCAUAGUCUUAUUCUGAGAAAAGGAGGAAACAAAGAAUUUCACUUUUCUUAUAUAAAAA